AUGUCUCCCUCCUCAAGCUCUACCCCACCAGCCCCACAGUCCUCCGCGUUACCUCCAUCCCACCCAUUCAACACCGACAACGAGCACAACACUUCCCAUGUCGAAAGAGCCGAACAGGCUAUAUUGACUUCAAAAGUCAUACCCCAACGCAAACCUCUCCUCCGCCUCGAAAUCCGCGAUCUCUCGUCAGAAGGCACCCGCGCUUUCCUCCGCCUCGUACACGCCUCCAAAUCCCUCGAACAUGCAGUCGAUACAGUACUCAAGAACCUCUAUACUGGGCUGAGUACGUCAUGUAUACCACCAACGCGAUCGGUUACGUUAGUGCUACGGGACAUGGAUGGCGUGGCGUACACGACCGGCCGAGACAUCGAUGACGACCACAAGGAGAUACACAUCAAUACAAAGUACAUCUCGCAGAUAUCUGAAUCGCGUCAAAAGGAAGAGAUGCUAGGUGUAUUAGUACAUGAGAUGGUACACUGCUGGCAGCACAGUGCGUUCGGUACUGCACCCGUGGGCCUAACAGAAGGGGUUGCGGACUGGGUGCGCUUGAAGGCCGGCUUCGCGCCGCCGCAUUGGAAACGACACGGGGACUGCGAUUGGGACGCUGGUUAUGAGCGGACGGGAUACUUCCUGGAGUGGUUGGAAAACGAGCAUGGUGAAGAUGUAGUCAGGAGAAUUAACCAGGCACUUAAAGAGUGCAAGUACGAUGCUGAUCGUCUGUGGUACAGUUGUUGUGGUAAGAGCGUGAAGGACUUGUGGAAGGAGUACAAAAAGAGUCUAGAAGAUUGCAAAUAA